CCGGUCAGUUCCCAUCGUCUCUCAAACAACAAACGCACUCUCCAUCAUCCCCAUAUCCCGCAUAUCCCUUCUCAACUGCUGAAUUCUCAUCGUAAAGGCAUUCACUAUGCUAUUAAGCUGAAAAACUGAGGUACGGGCUCCUGUAUGAGACUUUUCUCCGUGGACUAAGGCGAGUGGAAAACUGGCAAGGCUGCCCUAAAGUUGGUGGCUCCAGAAGGAGAAUACCGCGCAGGAACAAGGUGCGAGGAUAGAAGAGGGACAUUUGAGAGAAUUUUGAGUUGGAAAACAAUACAAUACAGCCUGGGAGGUAUUUGGAAGAAGCUGAGCGGCUGCUGUGGUGGAUAUUGCUGUACUUUUUGACUUGUGGUGUAUUCCUCUUGGGUGGUCGUCUAUUUUUGCAGCAGAGUUUCCUCCAUAUAAAGCCGGCAACCAACCCCCAAACACUUUUCGGCCAGAACUGACAAUCAGGAGGGCAAAGUAAGCCGAUUUGAUCCUCCUGCAUAUGCUCAUUUUUCUCUUCUCUAUUUAUAUUACUCUCUUUUUAACGUCUAACAUUUAUUGAAAGCCCCGCAACAAAUGGCCUUCUGGGGCCCUUAACAAAAAAAGAGUCACCUAACAAACCCUCAAAGAGAGAGAGAGACACACCCCAACACAAUUCUGCACCAGCACAGGCAGAAGACCCACAAGCAUCAAGCACAAACAGCCAGAUAUUGCCAGCUAUUACUGUUAGAAAGGGGGCCCAAGCGAAGGGGCUGAAUAUCAAACUUUGCUUUGCUGUUGAAACCACCAGAGACUGGGCAGCACCCUUGUCUUUCCUAAAAGAGAUUGGCUUGUCCUUUCACAGCCUCGCGCUAGUACGCAUACAGUUAGAUCGGGUCCAAUCCCUUCCCCUCCCCUAGCUUGAUCCUAAAAGCGGCAAUAAGUCAACCCAGAUUGGGGAGGAACCGUCUCUCCCGCCUUCUUCAACCACGUGACCUGGCCAACCCUGAACCGGACAUAGAAAGAAACAAAGGGGGCGAGGAGUCAAAAUGACCAUGGACCCUUCGUCGAACCCUUCACCUGCGCCUGAACCCGCGACAAAUGCAUAUUCCGGAGAGUUCUGGGCGGGGAUACACCCAUUGUACAGUUCCAAUCAGCCCGAUAGUCCGCCUUUUGGUAUAGGCUGGGACCACCCCGUCUUUCAGGCCGCACAUGCCAACCCCCAAUCAAGACCCCAGCAGCAACCACAAGAUAUAUAUUCGCAAACACAACCACAACAACCACAACAACAACAACAAUGGCAACAGCCUCAAUUACAGCCUCAGUUGCAGUCUCAGUUGCAACCUCAGAUGGUACAAGAAUCGCAGCAGAAUUAUACCUUGCCGGCGCAAUACCAUAUCAACCAGUUUCCACAACCGAAUCCUCCUCCAUACGAGGCCUCGCAACAAAAUACCCCUUAUCGCCAAUACACUUUCGAUCCCCAAAACUUUUAUGCGAAUUCCCCUUCAGCAACUCAGAAUGGAUUUAGUCAGCAACGUGCAGUUGAUCUGCAGAGAGUAAAUCAUGCAUCGCAACUCGCGCCAUCCCCCGUUCGAAGUCCGCUGCCAUCUUAUGAAAGGCCUGUGCCAUUGCAAAAUGAUAUGCAAAAUGAUACCAUCAAUUUAGCAAAUGGCUUCCAGACGCGUCAUCCGAGCUCUGCAUAUCAUAAUACCAUUGAUCCGCAGUUUCUUUCUGCAUCUCAGCAUUCAAUGAUCCAACCUGGCUCUUCCCAAAACGAUUUUUAUGUCAUUAAUCCUGCGGAUUUAGACAACCGUCCUGCACCUGACCUCUAUCAGGCAUACGGUGCGGAGAUCGCUCCUCGUUUGGUUGGCGCGAAUCAAAAUUUCAACACGGUGCAGCUAAUUCCCCAAAUUACAGCAAGCGGAAAGAAGCCAACGAAAGCGCGAACUAAAGCUGAUAAGCCACCAACCAAACGGAAGAAGAAAGAUGAGUCAGAAAAGGCUCAGGAACGCACAAAGACAGCAAGUAAAGCUGUGGUGAAGCAAGGGCCACGGCUUCUCGAUGCCUCAACUAGCUCGGAUAGUAGUGACUUCGAUAGUUCAUCGGAUCUUGACGUCGCACCAGAGCCAUUCCCUCUUCCGCCUUUGCGCCCUCUGGAUAUUGAAGGUGCCAUCAAGUACGACACAUUAAAAGCAGUUUGGUCGCCGAGGAAUAAACAGCCACCAAUAUCUACGAUACGACACGCACUGACGGUAUUUUCGGAACUUGUCAAGGGCGUCCGCGAUACUUGGAAAGCUAAGAGCGAAAUAUUAAAAGCAGCUGAGAAUCAAAAUCAAGAGGAUAAAAUCCCAGAAAUUAAGAAGGAGGUCAUAUUGCAACGGCGUCUUAUAGAUUUGAUCGUGACAACAGCGCUAGACGGUGGCCAUCCAGCCAUCAUCCAAAGGUUCGGUGAACACCCAAUUAUCGUAUCCGCUCUAUAUUCCUUUCUACUUGAUCGACACACGGCAGCAGAUAGCGAUGGGCCUCUGACAGUGAACAUUUUGAAGCUCAUGACAAAAUUUGUGACAAUGGAUCAAGCCAUGCUUGAGAAAACCAAAAAUGACAAGAUUCUCUCCCGAUUUGUGAAGAAAGGGGGGGACGUCAUUAAGCAGCUAGCCCAAACAAUUUUAUCCAACGCCGCAGAGUUGACGAAAAGGAAGGCUGAAAUCGCGAAGACCACGCCUAAAAAGACAGAGAGUACGCUUGAUGAACAUGGAAUGGUGCCUAUGAACCCCGAAAUCGUUAUCCGUAACCAGCCUCCGCCCACUGCAGGUGCCAAGAGGCCUCGUGAACCGGAGACAGGUGGUUCGCCGUCCACAAAACGAACUGUAGCCCCUUCCAACGGCAAACCUGUUGCGAGACCCACAGCAGCAGCUGCCACCAAACGAACCACAGCCACGACUCUAGAUGCCAAAACCACGGCAGCAGCCGGAAACACUGCUGCUGCCAAGCCGAAACCUAAUAUGGUAGUCCCAAAACCGACUCCGAGCCUUUUUAGCAGCUUGAUGUCUGCGUCGAAAAAGCCAGGAACUUCGAAUGCGGCGCGUGCAGCAGCUGCUGCUAAAGAGAAGACAAAUCCACCUCCGGAAAAGAAGCCCACUCCGCCGCCGACCGCCGCCCCGAAACCCGCUUUCUCAUUCUCAGAGACAAUGGCUGAUUUGAGCAAACCGAAGGAAUUGGUGGCCAGCAAGCCGGCAGAAGAUCUUCCUCCAGAAACAGAGGAAGAACGCAAGAAACGGCUUAGAAAAGAAGAGCGCCGUAAGCUUCGUGUCAGCUGGAAACCAGACGAUGUUUUGACUGAAAUACGUCUGUUCACUCAUGAUCCCGAGGAAGAAAUUGGCCAUGAUGACAGCAUGAUUCGUGAUGUUGCCGAUGUAGGAGGCGAGGGAAGGACACUUAAACUUCAUCGGGGGAUGGAUGAUUUGGAUGAUGAUGAUGAUGACGAUGAUCCGGAAGCUCGAGAAAAAACCUUCUAUCCUUACACUUCACCAAUAGAGAUCGACUUCUCAGAGCUUGAUCCUGAAGAGCGUCAGAGGAAUUUCCUCAAGAGAGGGGGAAUUCAGGAACCCGAGAGCCCCGAAAAGCUAGCUCAGGAGCAGCGUGAAGCCAAAACUCUAAGCGUCUUCUAUACAUCGCCAGCUGAUAUUCCGACGUCUCCUAAAGAACCACCUGCCCCUGAUCCGGAUGAAGCUUAUGAGCCGGAAGUCCCUUUUGGCGAACCGGGAGAUCGAACAAAGGCGCGCUCAGCAAAGUACUUCGCAGCCCGAGCACCAACUCCACAGCAACCACCACCAACACAACCGCAACCACCCCAAUCGGCUAUGACACCGCAAAACUCCAACGUGGACAUUGCUUCUCUACUCAAACUCAUCCAGCAAGCUCCCCAACCAGGACAACCUAAACAAUCUCAGCCACUAAACCCUAUAUCCGACCUGGAGAAAACCUUUGGCCACUUCCCCACAAGCGAAGGUCCGCCCACUGCUACUCCAAUGCUGCAAAUCCCUGAAGCUCCGCAGGCUACCCAACCCGGGGCGUUGCCAGGUAGCCUAGACAUCCAAGCACUCCUUGCUAUCAUGAAUGCGCAAGCACAGCUGCAACAAGGGUCUCCUGCUUUUCCUCCGUCCCAGGGCCAAGUGCCUUCAUCAUCUCAGGCCCCGAAUCUCGCCUCGAUCCUUUCGCAGUUCCAAAAUCCCGGCGCGACGGUGCAGGCACAAGCACAACAGCAGCCACCGUCUCAACUUGUGGGCUAUAAUCAGAAUCAGCCGAAACAGCAGCAUGGGUCCUAUUAUGAGGAUGCGGAUAGGAAGCGGAUGCGCGAAGGUCAUGGUCACGGGCAUAAAAAGAUUGGUGGAUAUAACGAUUAUGACGACGGCGGCCACGGGCACGGGCAUGGUCACGGACAUGGCAACAAGCGGCCUAGGAUGAAUGGAGACUUCAAGCACAAGAAACAUCCUAAAGCAGGCCUCGUUCCUUGCAGGUACUGGAAGGAAGGCAAAUGUCUUAAAGGCGACGAUUGUACAUUCCGCCAUGACCCUCUCGAUUGAACAUUGAGCAAUACUUGCUUGUUGUCCCUGCAACCGCCGCUUCGCCGUUUGCGUAAGAACGCUUUUGUCAAGUACCAUCUGUCUGGAAAUGUUUCUCAAAUAUACGAAACCGUUACGACGACGCCGCCAUUUUCCGUGCACUGACAUAUUAUAUCUUCUCCCCCAGAGCGGUGACGACUAUCCUAACGUGAUGCUUGCUAUUUGUCGCCUACCCGCUCAACCUAACUAAUAUGCUACAUUUUUUAAUCCCCCGUUGUAUCCCUCGCAUUCGCAAACUUGAUUUGGAGUUUUUUUGUUUUGCUUGUCUUUUUUAUCCGUUUAUGCCUAAGAUCACAAUACCCAACAUUCCUCAUCCUCUACGUCCUGCUUGUACCAUAUGAUUCUCGCCCCUACACUGCACGCCUCAGUUUCUCCAACCUUGGUCUACGUUUGUGUAUGCUGGACACCAUAUAACUUACAAUUAUACCAUGCUUUGUACAAUCCCCCUCCCCCGCAUCGGUCCAUCGCCAAACACACGGUCUUCUCUCUAUUCCACAUUUCUAUUAACAUCCUCGUUGGCGAAUACAGGUUUCAUGUUCCUUUUCUUUGCUGUAAUGCUUGAUAUAUAUAUUUUUUACUGCUCUUUUUAUAACUGUUUUUGUUUGGAUUCGACAUGCCUGCGCUCUGUAUAAUUACUAGAUCAAGAUAAUUAAACUCAUUGCAUAAUCCAAGCAGAGAAGAGUUUCAUUCACUCUUAGUUCA